AUGCAAUUCUCUACUGUUCUCCUCGCCUCCAUUGCUGCCUCCGCUGUCUCUGCUUUGAAAUACGUUACUGUCACCAACGAUGGUGCCACCUACGUUGAGACCAUCACUGAGCCUGAGGACUUGACUACCCCAGAGGGUGCCUUCAUUACCUACAAGGUUAUCACUGGUACCAAGGGUACUAACACUUACACCAAGACCAUCUGGUCCACUGGUUACUACUCCAGUGCUGAGGCUGAAGCCACCUCUACUGCUGAGGCUGAGGAUGUUGAGUCUUCUGCUGAGGCUACUACUGAGGAGGCUAAGACUUCUGAGGCUCAGGAGACUGAGGCCCCAGCUGCUGAGUCCUCUGCUGAGGCUCCUCACGCUGAGGUUUCCUCUUACGAAGGUGCUGCCGGUAACCUUGGUGUUGCUGCUGGUGUUGCUGGUUUCGCUGGCGUUGCCGCUUUGUUGAUCUAG